UGGGGUCUCCUGUGGGCCAGCUGGCGAGUGGGCGCCGCGAGAGCGAAUUUCCCGAGUCCGGGCGUGGCACCGCGUCGCCGCCAGCUCGCCCGCACGCCCCUCGGGCGUCCGUGGUCCGUCACCCCGGUGUCCGGGAUGGCGACUGUCAAGAGCGAGCUCACGAAGAACUUAACCUCGGAGGCGGCCGUUCCCCACAACAAGGUGUCCAUUAUCGGGACCGGGUCCGUGGGCAUGGCCUGUGCCAUCAGCAUCCUGCUGAAGGGCCUGAGCGACGAGCUGGCCCUGGUGGAUGCGGCGGAGGGCAAGCUGAAGGGCGAGACCAUGGAUCUGCAGCACGGCAGCCAGUUCGUGAGAAUGCCGAACGUGGUCGCCGGCAAGGACUUCCGCGUCACGGCCAACUCCAACCUGGUGAUCAUCACGGCGGGGGCCCGCCAGGAGGAGGGAGAGACGCGCCUCAACCUGGUGCAGCGGAACGUGGCCAUCUUUAAACUGAUGAUUUCCGGCAUUAUCCAGCACAGCCCGCACUGCAAGCUGAUUGUGGUGUCCAACCCCGUGGACAUCUUAACCUACGUAGCCUGGAAGUUGAGCGGGAUGCCCCCGAACCGCGUGAUUGGGAGCGGCUGCAACCUGGACACGGCGCGUUUUCGGUUCCUGAUUGGGCAGAAGCUCGGGAUCCACCCCGAGAGUUGCCACGGGUGGGUCCUCGGGGAGCACGGCGACUCCAGUGUCCCCGUGUGGAGCGGCGUGAACGUCGCGGGCGUCGCCCUGAGGCACCUGAACUCGGAUAUAGGGACGGAUAAGGACCCUGAGCAGUGGAGAGACGUCCACAAGGACGUGAUUGCCAGCGCCUACGAGAUCAUCAAGAGGAAGGGCUACACUUCCUGGGCCAUCGGCCUGUCUGUAGCCGACCUGACGGAAAGCAUCCUGAAGAAUCUCAGGAGAGUGCACCCGGUGUCCACCAUGAUUAAGGGCCUCUACGGGAUACAGGAAGACGUGUCCCUCAGCGUGCCUUGCGUCCUGGGCGAGAACGGCAUCACGGACCUUAUCAAGGUCAACCUGACCCCCGAGGAGCAGGCCCGUCUGAAGAAGAGUGCCGAAACACUGUGGGAGAUUCAGAAGGACCUCAAGUUUUAA